CGCGGAUUUCUCUCAAUGGAAACGAAGUGGUUGUGGCGCCGGAGGGGAGCAGUCCGCGGCGGGUAGCUGCCAAUUAAACCUGCGUGAAGCUCCUUUUAAUGAAGGCGACCAGGGGGAACAUGUUGGGCGCUGGAACAUCCAACAACAAGGUCAAGUACUCGCGUCUGGCCGCCGAUGACGACGGCUACAUCGACCUGCAGUUCAAGAAAAGUCCGCCGGCGGUGCCGUACAAGGCGAUCGCGCUGGCUGUAUUCCUGUUUUUGAUCGGCUCCUUGCUGAUCAUCCUCGGGGCUCUGCUUCUGUCGGAAACCAUCAAGGUCGAGCACCCGGACCGUACCAUCCCCGUCAUCAUCAUCGGGCUGCUCGUCUUCCUUCCCGGGUUUUACCAUUUGAGAAUCGCCUACUACGCCGCGAAGGGCUACCGCGGAUACUCCUACGACGACAUCCCCGACUUCGGCGACUGAGCAUGGGUCGGUGGAGAGUCUCUCUCUCUCUCUCUCACACUCUGUAUACCCUGAGACUGUCUGCUGUUUCGCUUUGAGUUUUCCCAAAUUGAAUGUAGCAAAAUGUGGCAAACACUUUAUGACCACCGGCGAGCCAAAGAACGCCUCACGAGGACGAGUGGCGGGGGCUCUUCUGGAGGGGAGACCACGCGGAUGCCUUCGACUUCCUGUCCCCCAUAAAGUCCACGGCCUCGGCGACCGAGACUGCUUUUGGGUUCUUUGCACAGCUUAAACAAAUAUUUAUUUUUGAUCGUAGUCCAUAUGAUUUUAUGCAAAGCUGUCGGAGGAGGAGGAGGAGGGCUGUAUUUCUACCGUAGGAUUCUUAUAUUUGCAGUCCUAUCCCAAAGAUUGAUUGAAUACCUUUUUUUUGACUGGAAUGUAUUACUUUCCGUAUAAAGUAUUUGCUGUUUGUUCAUAUUCUCAGCCCUUUUUUUUUUUUUUUAUAUCAAAGAAAGAGAUAUUUUUACACGCACAUGCUUGAUUCAGAAAACAAAUAUAAAAUAAAAAGUUGAAAUCUGAA